AUGCAGCUCACCCUGACGCUCCUAACGCUCGUCGCAGGAGCUUCGGCCGCGCCACUUAAGGGCAUCGACCGCGCGACUAUUCAGGAUGAAUACGACUUCAUCAUCGCAGGCGGCGGCACGGCCGGCCUCGUCCUCGCAAACCGCCUCUCCGAGUCCGGCAAGCAGCGGGUCCUAGUUCUCGAAGCGGGGCCGAAACCCGAGGUUGUAUCGGCCUACAAGCCGCCCGGCGGCAACCAGUUCCUUGCCGGCACCGCCAUUGACUGGUCCUUCUACACUACCCCGCAAGAGCAUCUCAACGAUCGUAUCCUCCGCUACCACCGCGGAAGAUGCCUCGGCGGCAGCAGUGUGACCAAUGGAUUAUACUACGGCCGCGGCAGCGCCUCCGUGUACGAUGACUGGGUCAGGGUCGGCAACCCUGGAUGGGGGUGGAAAGAUGUCUAUCCGCUGUUCGUAAAGGGUACGCACUUCAACCCCCCAGACGACCACGAAGUAAAAGGCUUCGACGUCUCCUACAAGACCCACGACCCCUCCGCCUAUGCCGACGGGCCCCUUCAGCUCGGCUUCCAGGGAUACGUCCCGCCCUCGGGCGUCGGCUUCAUUGAGGCUGCCGCCGAGGCCUUGCAGAUCCCCAUCGUCAACGACCAUAACACGGGCAACAGCACGGGGGUCAAGCAGGGAACUGGCCACCUCGAUUCGAAACUUUUGCGCAGUUCCAGCUAUGACGGCUACCUCAAGCAGGCCCUCGGCCGCAAGAAUCUGGACGUGCUGUACUUCGCACCCGUGUGGAAGAUCAACUUUGACAAGUCCGGGGAGAAGCCCCGCGCCGAGGGAGUCGCGUUCAUGGACCAUCCUACAGGUGUUGUUCAUGAGGUCAAGACAAAGAAGGAGGUCAUUAUCAGCGCGGGUGCUUUCAACUCGCCCCAGUUGUUGAUGGUUUCUGGAAUCGGUCCCUCCGCCCAACUCAAGGAGUUUGCUAUCGACCCCGUCCACAUCAACGAGAACGUCGGCCAGCACCUCAAUGACCACUCCGUCUUCAGCAUUAUGGCAACCUCGACCCCUGAGUUCUCCACUUCGGACAUGGCCGUGACGUACUCGGCCCUGCGCGAGGCUCAGAACGAAUUCUAUACGAACAUGACGGGCCAGUACUCGGCGCCCUCGGGUAUCACGAACGCCUUCCAGAAGCUCUCCGAGGACGAACUUAAGAAGAUUGGCGCAGGCGACGUCGUCACCGCGGGGCUCGCGAAUCAGUCACACAUUGAGUAUCUCUUCGAGAGUGUCUUUUACCCCAGCGGCCCCACGCCGUACUACACGCCUCGCAGCAACGAGACGUACAUCUCCCUCACGGCGUCGAGCAUGGUGGCGCUAUCAAGAGGCAACGUCACGCUACGGUCAAACUCUAUGGCUGAAUUCCCCAAGAUCAACCCUAACUACUAUGCCCACCCCGCCGACAGAAAAAUCGCCGUCGCCUCCUUCAAGUACCUUCGCAAGAUUCUCUCGCACCCGCGCAUGUCCCAGUUCACCGUUGGCCCGAACCACGGCGAAGUCUCACCCGGCGCGACGGUAACCGAGGACAACGAGGACGCCAUUCUCGCCUACGUCCGCGCCAACACGAUCCCCAACUGGCACGCCUCGGGCACGAACCAGAUGCUUCCCGAGGCGGACGGCGGCGUCGUGGACCCCAGGCUGCUCGUGUACGGUGUCGAUGGGCUACGGGUCGUGGACUGCAGCAUCAUCCCCGUCCUGCCGGAUGUCAACAUCGUCGGGUCUGUCUUCAUGAUUGGGGAGAAGGGUGCUACUAUGAUCCGGGAGGAUUGGGAAGAUUAUGAAUGA